CGAAUCUGUUAACUGAACAAAAGUCUAACAUCGAUCACUCAAUCACAAAUAUUAUCAUACAACCCAAUUGAGCCUAACUAUGCUACGCGAAGCAAUGCAGGAGGUGGAUUUUUUGAUCUUGGGUGCGGGGUGGACGAGCAAUUUCCUGAUUCCUCAGCUGCAAAAAGAAGGCAUCAAAUGGGCGGCAACAACGACUAGUGGCAGGGAUAAUACCAUUCCCUUCAAGUUCGACCCUGACUCUGGAUCUAUCGAACCCUACAAGCACCUUCCAUCAGCGCGUACCGUUCUCGUCACGUUCCCGCUCAAAGGCCAGGGGCAGUCGAAGACUAUCGUUGGCCUGUACCGCGCCGCUCAUGGUGCAAAGAACAAUUGGAUCCAAUUGGGCGCGACGAGUAUCUUCAACCAGUUGCCCGAUGACUGGAGCGAUGAUAACGCGCCGUACGACAAGGAAGAAACACGUGCUAUUGCUGAAGACGAGCUGAUGCGCGAGCAUGGCUGCGUUUUAGAUCUAUCUGGUCUCUACGGGGGCGAGCGAGUCCCUUCGAAGUGGCUGCCGCGUUUGGCAAAGAGCAAGGACGAUGUGAGGCAUCGGGGUGCCGUUCACUUCGUUCAUGGCGAAGAUGUUGCGCGUGCAAUCAUCGCGACGCACCGCAACUUCACACCAGGCAAGAGAUGGAUCGUGUCAGAUAUGAGGGUCUACGAUUGGUACGACCUGAUUAUGAGCUUUAGCGCGCUCACGGAGGGUACCGAGCUAAGCGCACAAGAGCAAGAGGAGAAGCUCCAAUUCGCGAAGUGGGUCGGGGAGCUGAUGAUCGAGGAGGGUAUAAGAGCCCUGCCGCGCGAUAUGAGUCUUCUGGGUAGAAAGCUGGAUUCAAGGGGCUUCUGGCAGCACCAUGGGCUGUGGCCGCGGCAUCAGAGGCUGUGCUGAGCAGGGACCGUAGAACGAGUGUCGUGAACCAGACUGAUAGCUGUGACCCGUACGCUUCGAAACCUGGGAAAGCUCUCGUUAUUGGACGCAUCGUAUACCAUUCUUCCGUUGCCAGAAAGAUGACAGUCACAGAUACAUGAAUGUAUUGGCUAUAUCAGGGACAAACCAGCGGUUCGUCAGCAAGUUUUUCUUUCGUCGAUUCCGUACUGUACGAGCAUGAAUUCUAGCAGGAAACCUAUAAAACAUAUCCAGCCCUGCACUCAAUGUCGUUUCAUUCCGGCACACAAUUGUCGGUAUAAUCUGCACUUCAAGCUUCAAAGCUCAACUCAAC